UACACACAGACACAUGUACAUAUAUACACAGACACACACAUGUACAUACACACACAUGUACACCCACACACACACAUGCAUGUACAUACACACAGACACAUGUACAGAUACACACAUGUACAUACACACAGACAAACACACCCUAUAAAAAGUUGCAGUACUUCGUUGUUCACUCACAGAUCCGGGUACUGCACUCUAGGGGGAGGCAGAGAGCACAGCACACACUCCUUGCUUUGCUUUCACUGCGCUCAGCUAUUGAGCAGUCUGACGGCUCCCAGUGCCAAUGACAGAUCUGGCCUGAGCUCUGAGUCUGCUCAACAAGACGGCCCUGGGGGACACACUCGCCCCCACCAUAAUUUCCACUCACCAUUGAUGAGCAGGCGAGUGGAAAUUUCAAGGCCUGUAUAU